AUGUUUCAGUCGACCCGUCUUCUCCUUAUUCCGAACGAACGUAUGGAGGCGAUCUUGCCCUUGCCCGAAUGGGUCGCAAAAUUCGUAGAGCAGCUGUCGGAUAGUCAUCCAGUUUUCACGGGGAACGAAUGGGAUAACCUUCCACACCUCACCACGACAGAUCAAACAUCGAUCCUUGCGGGCAAAGAAGAUGAUGUUUUCCAAGCUUACCGCCCUCUCCAUGACUUCAUCGUCAAGACCUGCGAGAGUUGGCCGGGAAGCUCAGAGGCGCGACCUCUUUUGCUCCGACCGAAAAAUACACCCAAGUCCACCCUGAAGGAAAAUUCAAGCAGACCAGAUGGAGCGAAUCCAAAGGACAGUUCUCUCAAGAUCCAAUGGGACAAGCAGCGAUACGUGUGGGUCGACCUGUUUUCGGCGUACGAGUUCAAGAAUGCGAACGAGCAGGAUCUGGGUGGUCUCAUGGGUAUCCAGAACACCAAGCAAAUCAUCUGGGACCUGCAACAUAUGUUGUGGGAGAAUAUCAAUCGCCGGUUCGCGGUCGGUAUGACAAUAGAGAAGACAGAGGCGCGUCUGUGGGUAGCGACUCGCUCCGCGAUGCUCGUCAGCAUGGGGUUUGACACGCAGAUGGAACGCAAACGCCUAUUCCGGACAUUUGCCUUCUUUGCGUUCGCGGAUCAGACCGCGCUCGGUCUGGACCCAACAAUGAGAAUGCCGAAAGGCGCAGACUUCUUCCUCGUCAACAUUGACGGGAAGCGGUAUCAAGUUCGGAAAAGGCCAAUCGCGGAUCACCGAGCGCGCGCGCUGCACGGGAGUGCGUGUCGUGUCUAUGAAGCAUGGCUCGUCAAUGACGACGCCAAUCGGCUGCCAAAAACCGAUGUCGCAGAUCUGAAGCGGGCGAAGAGGGUAGCGAUCAAAGAGGUUUGGCGGGACGAGUAUCGGGAGCCUGAACGGAAGAUCUACGAUCGGAAGGCUGAGAACUACUUCGUGAAUAUCAGCGGUGAUGAAGAAGUGAUGGUCAAUGGAGUCCGUGAUGAUACAGCAGGGAUCAUGGGUGGUAAGGAGUUUUCGAAAGGAACAGUUUGGAUCAAGACGGCACGUGGGGCGCAGACUGGAACGGACGACACGACCGGAGCGUUAAGUCCCAUUAUGCAAAAUUCCGAGGGGGGCGAAGGCAGGAAGGAAAUUCUGCUCCAGAUCCACCACCGUGUCCAUUAUCGAACAGUGAUGGACAACAUUGGAGAACCGUUG